AUCAAAAGAGUAAAAACAGGACACAUGAAAUAAAGGUGAGUCUCCUAAUAAUCCGAACAAACCAAAAACAUUAAACAUAUGCCUUCCUUCAGUAACUCCUCCGGCAGUCUCGCCCUGGCCGUUUCUCUUCUCUUUGCCGGCGCCUUAUAUAUCUGUUUCUCAUCACGUUCAGCUUCUGAUCCUAUCUCCGAUCUCCUACAAAAUGUCAACACUAGAUUGAUAGAGUAUCCGGUGGACGAGCUAGAGGCGGUGCUGGACAGGGCAGCGAUAGGUUACAACAAGACGGUGAUAAUAGCAAUGGUGAACAAAGCUUACGUGGAGGAGGAUGGAGGAGGGAGGACAAUGUUGGAUCUGUUUUUGGAGAGUUUUUGGGAAGGAGAGGGGACUCGGCCGCUUCUUAACCAUCUGAUGGUAGUGGCAGCAGAUCAGACGGCCUACGAUCGCUGCCUCUUCAGGAGGCUCCACUGCUACAAGUUGGAUACGCAAGGGGUUGACUUGGAGGGAGAGAAAGUAUACAUGUCAAAAGAUUUCAUUGAGAUGAUGUGGAGGAGGACUCGCUUGCUCCUAGACGUCCUCAGCCGCGGCUACCAUCUUAUUUUCACGGAUACGGACGUGAUGUGGCUAAGGAGCCCCUUGUCCCGGCUAAACGUAAGCUUGGAUAUGCAUAUAAGCGUGGACAGAAUUAACGUGAGAGGACAGUUGAUCAACACGGGAUUCUACCACGUCCGGUCGAACAACAAGACCAUCUCCCUCUUCCAAAAAUGGUACGACAUGAGGCUCAACUCGACGGGGACGAAGGAACAAGACGUCCUCAAGACUCUCCUAGACUCCGGCUACUUCAACCAGCUAGGCCUUACUGUUGGCUUCCUCAGUACGACCGAGUUCAGUGGCUUCUGCCAAGACAGCCCCAACAUGGGCGCUGUCACCACCGUCCACGCCAACUGUUGCCGCCACAUCCCUGCUAAGAUAUCUGAUCUCAGUCUUGUUCUUCGUGACUGGAAACGCUACAAAGCCUCCCGUGUCAACAGCAGGUGGAGCCCCCAUGUUGAGUGCAGGCGUUCAUGGAAGGACGCCCAUUAUGUCCCCAAGCUCUGACCUUCUUCGUUCAUAUGUGCAAAUCAAUGAGAUUUCUACAGUAUACACAACUUCAUUAUCAUUUAUUAAGUGCAUAUCUUCUUUAGAUUAAUCCUAGCUAGCGAGCUAGAGGAGCAAUAUAAUUCUCUUUUGACAAGUAAUCACAAAACAUCUUAUA